CUUUGUUUGUCGGGUCACAAUGUCGACAUGAAUGACAAGUACGUGUCAUGUCAUCCACUGCGCUGUGUCUUGAUCUAGAACACAAACGCGCGGUCAAUGCGCCCUUUAUCCCUUUAAAGAGAAAAGAGGAAGGCUGCCAACUCAAUCGCUCACUCAUUAUCUCCCCCGCCCCUCGUGCCCUCCGCCACUUCAACUCUAGAAAAUGCCCUCGAACAAGUGGCUCACCGUCUUCAAGCCAAAGAGCCGCAGCCGCAGCCAGAGUGUAUCUCUGCCACUGCCACACAAGCCCUCGCGCAAGACCUUGAGCUUCGCCUCGCGCGGCGCGCGCCAUGUAUCGUUCGUCAAGAUCGGCAGACGCUGGCUGGUCUGUCGUGACGCUUGGAACGUAUACAUAUCAAGGCAGGCCUCGUCAAAAUUCGGAUGCUGGGCCGACCUUCUCCUCUGGUGGCCUGUCUGGUAGCAGGAACGAUGGCCGCGCUUGGCGUGCGCGAUCCAUGUCUAUGCCGGAGACACCGACAGGGAUAGACGGGGAACACCGUCGCGAAUACUGGGUUUCUCGUCUUCAGACCAUCGAUGAUUGCACGUUGAACUCCAAGAAGUCCCAUGACUCUCGACAAUCCUUUGACUGCCGUGCUGUCGCAGGCAGGCGCAUUAAGACCCACUCAUGGUUCGACCGCUUGGACGAGGAAGUGGCUGCCGAAGUUUCGGCCAGACACGCUGAGCUCGGAGAGCCCUCGACGCCCCCUUCUCACGACGACGAAUCCUCAUUUGUCCCAUUAUCGCCUCGACAGACCACCUCUCCGAUGGCAAUUCGUGGCUAUGCCUCGACCGGAGAAAUAGAAAACUGGGACGACGCCUAUGACUUCGAGGACGCUGAAGACGACUGGGUUGAUAUUCCUACCCCUCAUGCCCCCACCUUCGGCGUAUCCGCGCGCGCCCACUAG